GAACGAGUUCCAAGUUUGAAGUUGAUUUAAACGUACUGCCGUGCUGGUCAUUCUGUCGUGAAGAAUUGUGCAAAUUUUUGAGAGCAGUUCGACGUUUAUUUUUGUUAAAAUGUCUAGCAAGCAUAUUUAUUACUCGGAAAAAUAUUACGAUGAUGAAUACGAGUAUAGGCAUGUAGUGCUACCUAAGGAAAUAGCAAGGCAGAUUCCAAAGACACACCUAUUGUCUGAAGCAGAAUGGCGGAAGUUGGGUGUGCAACAGAGUAAAGGUUGGGUUCACUACAUGACGCAUGAACCAGAACCACACAUACUACUAUUCAAGCGGAAAAUAACUACACCACCUGAAGAAAGAGUUCAAAUCAAUGGUGACCAGUAAUGGGAGAAGAUAACUCUAUGCAGCUGGCGGGUUGAACUGUUUCUUGUAAAAAUGGUACUGCUGUUGUUGCUCUGUAAGCCUCGUUAUAAAGGUUUGAAGGACGAGACUGGUGUUGUACAGUGGAUAGUACCUGCAGGCUAUGACUGUGUGUUUCAUUUCUUUUCGAGGUGGAGUUUGUGUUUUUAUUAUGUUUCUUUAAAUUCUGUACUCGCAAGUUUGUGAAAUUUAGUAGGAAUUAGUAAUUGUUGAACUCCAUAUUUGACUGGAAUGCUUUUAAUUCAAAUGAAUUAAAGUUCUAGCUGCUUUUAAAGCAACUCUUUUAUGGGUCUAAAAAGACCAUAGUAACUGCAUGACCAUCAGUUUUGAAGCAGGAAGUGUUGUGGUUCCUUUAAUCUAUGAAGAUUUUAUAAUUGUGUGUAAAGAAUGUAUAAACCAGAUCAGAUGUGGAACAACAAAUUGUUGGCUCUUACAUGCCUUCACCACCUAUGGGCUGUCAGAUGUGUUGUCUGCAUGAAAAUAGUUUCAGUUGUAUUAUAAUUAUGUGCUUAACAAAUUUUAUAUUAAAAUCUGUUAUGCUGUGUUUUAAAGUACAGCAUUCUUGAAUAAUUUUAAAAUAAGGGGAUGAUAAUGAAGUGGUAAAUGUCUGUAUAUUUUUAUUGUAAAUAAAAUGAAUCUCAUCUGGAAAAUAAA